CGCCUUUUAAGGUUGCACCCUCGUCCUCUGCACAAAUGUGUCCCCCGUGCUACAUUUGUAUCAGCACGGGUUAGGACCAUAGACUGUAUAGGGAAGUCCAGGUCAUGAAAACUUAAUUUCAUUUCGACGGACGGAUCCGUUCAGAGAGACAGUGAUCAGACGGCUGCCUGAAUCGGCGUUGUGCGUAGAAAAAACAGAAUGGCGUCCCUUACACCCCACGACCGCAGCCGGAAAGAUGACGAGGACGACCCAGUCGAACAGAUGAUUUCCCGGACCGGCUGCGCCGAGCUUCAUUACACCGUGCAAGAGUGCAUGGCCGAGCACCAGGACUGGCGAGUGUGCCAGAACCAGGUCCAGACUUUCAAGGACUGCAUGAUGAACUUCCAAAAUGCCCGGAAAGAACAGCUGAUGAAGCAGCAGCGGGCAACUUCCACUGAGUCAUCAACCAGCUGAACUCACCUGAACAACACACACACACAUACACACACACACACACACUGGCUGGGGUGUGUUCGGUAAAAAAAAACUGCACCUAAUUCAACCAUUUGUGUUGAAAGUAAAAUUUAAGCACUGGCAUCAAAUCUUGACUUUUGUUUUCAGGUGUGUGGUGUCGAACCGACCAACAACUAUGUGUUGUUCAACAUAAGUUCAUCACAGACUUUAGAAUCGGUUUAUACUUUGGCUGAGAAGUAACAAGACAUUUUAGUAGUUCAAUUGACCAAGACAUGUUCGAGAUAAUUAAUUUUUUCAAUUGUAUGUCGUGUUCAUUACAUAUCUGGGCCACUGCUGUAAAAAAGAAAAUAUAUAAUGAAUAAAGAAAACAUCAACAAUAAAAAAUUA